CACCCACCGUCAGCUUUCCCUCCAUCGUUUCCCUUCCCAGCCUCCCACCCACGGGUAACUCCCCCUCACCGCCCUCUGUCAGCUCCCUUUCUUUGCCCCCCUUACUCACACUCUGUCACUCAGUCCCCCUCCCUCCCCUCUUACCCACACCCUGCCACUCACUUCUUCCUCCACCCUCACUCACUCCCUUUCCCUCCCACUUUCUGUCCUCCCUGUCAGCUCCCCCCUCCCACUCAUACUCCUGGCCCGGAAGAAAACCCAACCCUGCAGGAAGUAUAGGGGUCUCCUCCUCCCCCAGCUGUCUGUACCCCCCUUCAUCUGAGGUUUACCUCCCCCCGGCCGGCCGCUGACAGGGGGUGACCCCCCCAGAAGACAGGAGGUGGGAGUGUGAGAGACAAGAGGAGGGGAGCCAGGAGUGACAGUAAAUACAGACAGACACUGAAUGUCAGUACAGACAGACAGACUGACACACAGACUGAAUGUCAGGACAGACAGACAGACUGACACACAGACUGAAUGUCAGGACAGACAGACAGACUGACACACAGACUGAAUGUCAGGACAGACAGACAGAAUGAAUGUCAGUAAAUACAGACAGACUGACAGACACUGCAGGUUAGUAAAUACAGACAGACAGACUGACACUGAAUGUCAGUACAGACAGACACUGAAUGUCAGUACAGACAGACAGACACACAGACUGAAUGUCAGUAAAUACAGACAGACAGACACUGAAUGUCAGUACAGACAGACACUGAAUGUCAGUACAGACAGACAGACUGAAUGUCAGUAAAUACAGACAGACUGACAGUCCGUAAAUACAGACAGACUGACACUGAAUGUCAGUACAGACAGACAGACUGACACACAGACUAAAUGUCAGUACAGACAGACUGAAUGUCAGUACAGACAGACAGACUGAAUGUCAGUACAGACAGACAGACUGAAUGUCAGUAAAUACAGACAGACUGACAGUCCGUAAAUACAGACAGACUGACAGACACUGCAGGUUAGUAAAUACAGACAGACUGACACUGAAUGUCAGUACAGACAGACAGACUGAAUGUCAGGAAAUACAGACACACUGACAGACACUGCAGGUUAGUAAAUACAGACAGACUGACACUGAAUGUUAGUAAAUACAGACAGACUGACAGACACUGCAUAUCAGUAAAAACAGACAGACACUAAAUGCCAGUAAAUAUAGACACUGACAGACACUAAAUGUUAGUAAAUACAGACAGAUAUACAGACACUGAAUGUUAGUAAAUACAGACAGACUGAUACUGAAUGUAAAUAAAUACAAACAGACUGACAGACACUGCAUAUAAGUAAAAACAGACAGACACUAAAUGCCAGUAAAUAUAGACAGACUGACAGACACUGAAUGUUAGUAAAUACAGACAGAUAUACAGACACUGAAUGUUAGUAAACACAGACAGGUAUACAUACACUGAAUGUUAGUAAAUACAGACAGAUUGACAGUGCAUGUUAGUAAAUAAUGAUAGACAGACUCUGCAAGUCAGUGAAUGCAGACAUACUAAUGCAACAUGUCUGUAAAUACGGACAGACAGACUGACCCAGCAUGACACUGCAUGUCUGUAAAUUCUGACUGACGCAGCAUGUCUGUAACUACCAACUGACACUUCUUUUUAGUAAAUAAAUACAGACAGACUUGCAUGUCAGUAAAUACCAACUAACUGACCCCGCAUGUCCCUAAAUAAAGACAGACAGACCUGCAUGUCCCUAAAUAAAGACAGACUGAUCCUGCAUGUCAAUAAACAGAAACAGACUGAUCCUGCAUGUCAGGAAAUAAAGACAGACAGACUGAUUCUGCGUGUCCGUGAAGAUACAGACCUGCAUGUCUGAUAUAGACAUACUGGUCUGUCUGUCUUCACUGAAAUACUGACAAUACGUGUCAGUGAUUACAGACAGACUGACAAUGCGUGUCAAGUGAAUACAGAGAGACUGACAAUGCGUGUCAGUGAAUGCAGACAGACUGACCAUGCGUGUCAGUGAAUGCAGACAGACUGACCAUGCAUGUCAGUGAAUGCAGACAGACUGACCAUGCGUGUCAGUGAAUGCAGACAGACUGACAAUGCGUAUCAGUGAAUGCAGACAGACUGACAAUGCGUGUCAGUAAAUACAGACUGACUGACAAUGCGUGUCAGUUAAUACAGACAGACUGACAAUGUGUAUCAGUGAAUGCAGACAGAUGUGUACAACCUGACAAGAACAAACAGAUGUGUGCAUAUAUAGUGAUAAACUGACUAGUAAUCAGAGACGUAUGGCUGCAGUUAAUCAGUUAACAGUUAAGAAAAAGACAGCUAGGCACACAUAUUACAUACAUGCAACUACGCAAACUGUAUAUUAUCAGAACAUUAUGUUUAUAUAUCUAGUUAGUGAAUACACAGAAAGGAGAAAAAACAUACAGGGUUAUUAACUAAAGUUUGCAUUGUUGAGAAUAAAAAGUGAAUAUGCAGUUUAGUCGUAUGUAAACAUAGAUAAUCUGGUGAUUAAUUUAUUUUUUUCCUCCUAAAAUGUUACAUUUAUUUGCAUAAUGUUUAUCCACCAGACCUCAAAUUGUAGCAAUUAAAAAUCAGAGUGACAAAACCGUGGCUGCAGUAGCUAACCCCUGACUAUUAUGGAGUUAGAUCAUUUUUACAGAUCACACAUUUUUGCCUACAUUUUGCCAUUCAGAUAUAAUUUUGUUACAAUUCGGAGUUUACUAAAUAAACAAUUCACAUUUUAAUGAAUUGCUCUGUUGAGGUCUUUUCACUACGCAUCAGUUGGCUUGGGUUUGCCCAGAUUUUGGCUGUUUUAACUGAAUGUUGCUAUUUGAAAUCCAUUCAGCUAAUUAUUAACUAUAUUUUCAGUUUUUUAGCUAUAUUCGUACUUGUAUCUGGUUAGCAUUGGGUAAGCUGUAAAACACAGUCAGAUCAUAACCUGCAUAAGAUUGAUCAUUUGGCUAUUCACAAACAAGGAAUUGCAAAUAAAUUCAUUUUAUUAAUUUAAUCCAGUUCUUCUAACAGGGCUAUUGCACCUGUAACCCUAAUUUAACAAAUGUUAGUGCUUAGUGAAAACUCCAUUAGAUGGUGUUCAGAGACAAGCAGAUUGUACACACACAGACAGAGUAGACAGACAAAAUACAAGUACACACAGGCAAGCAGGUCAAUGGAAUAGACAAUCUAUGUUUACAUGUGUGUUUUACAUGCAGUGUUCUUAGUAUGGUGUGUUUUAUUUUAUGGUUGACAUAUCCAAAAUGCAAAAUAUUGAAUAACAAGAACGUCACUAUAUCGGAGGUCACAGAGAAAGCGUACUCUUAGUUCACGGGAUUCUCCUUGUAAUGUCAUUCAUUGUAACAGAAUAAGAGGUUACUUCCACAUUGCUUCCUAGAUAUCAAAUAUAAAAUAGAGCAUUGACCUUUAAUCUUUUGCUCUGUACAUUGCUGGAUGUUAUCACACCAUUAAUUCUAUACUUUUCUGUUUGUAACCACUUGGCAUUCACUGUAUGUGGCUGGAUGCAGCCUUUUGCCUUUCUGGAUUCACCACUUAGCUAUUGCUGCAUAAAUUGCUAGAUGUAGCGACUUAGCUUUCUGUACAUUGUUAGAUGUAACGUUAUGUCUUUCACUCUGUAUUUUGCUGGACUGUACUUACCUUUCAUUCUGUGCAUUGCUGAAUUUAACCAUUACCUUUCGCACUGUGCAUUGUUGUAGCCUCUUGCAUUUGCUUCUGUAGUAAUCAAUUGCAUACAAGGCCAAUUUAAUUAGCUUUGCAUGCUUAUUAACAGAAUUUACAAACAAAAAGUGCAUUAAGAGGAAUAUGUGAAAUUUUGUGCUUGAGUAUCUUGUUUCCAAGUUACAAAUUGCCAUACAUAAACUGUGAUUCAAUUUCCCACACAGCUACCUUCCACUCAAACAUCUCUUGCGCUGUUUUUCAGUUUCAAGAUGGCGUCCGACCUGGGCAGCAGCUUGACCUCCAUAGACUGGCUUCCUGCGCUCACUAUCCAAGCCACCAUGAAAGGGGGACAACCUGGUGUGGGACGUAAAGGCCCUGGGUCCCCAAGUGAUUCCAGUGCAAUGCUAACAAAGGAGGAGGCAGCAGCCCAUCGAGACGGAAAACCGCCUUACAGUUACGCCAACCUCAUCCAGUAUGCCAUUAAUUCAGCGCCCUCCAAACGCAUGACUCUCAGCGAAAUCUAUCGCUGGAUAUGUGAUAACUUCCCAUAUUACCGCAAUGCUGGUGUGGGCUGGAAGGUGAGAAAAUGCACAAGAGCUCCUGUAAGGAAUACAAAUUACUGACAGGGUACAUGGAGGUACAGGCAUCAUUGGCAAGGAAUGGCAGGAUUUGUGGCACUAGAAGGGGAAUGGCAUGGUAGAUAGUUUGAAACUAUAACUGGAAGGAGGAUGGUAUGAGAGAUAGUGGUGCAGCUAUCACUGGAAAUAGGAUGGCAUAAGGGAUGAUUGUGGAGCUAUCACUAGAAUGAGAGAUGACAUUGGAGAUUAUUGUAAAGACAUCACUAGAGGGGGAUGACAUAGCAGAUAACAGUAUAUCUAUCUAUCUAUAAAAGGGGGUGGCAAGCCAGAUAAUGGUGCAGCUUUCACUGGAACAGUGUAAUAUGAUGGUCAGUAAAUGUGACUUCUUCUAUGAGAUAUCAGAGAUGGAAGACAUCAGUACUUGUUGAUGUCAGUGGUGAAGACCACAAGCUACUGUGGACAAUUAUGUUGAUAAGGUUAAGUAGGCAUUUGGUAGACCACAAAAUAAUGUUUAAUAGUAGCGAGUAUAAUAUUCCUUUAUGUUCAUUGUACACUAGGAAAGUGUUUAUGUUUUUCAGAAUUCCAUCCGUCACAAUCUAUCAUUAAACAAAUGUUUUCGAAAGGUUCCUCGGCCAAGAGAUGACCCUGGGAAGGUAAGAGAUUUGGUAGCGUUAUGUGUUUAAUGUGGGGAGUUGAAGAGUUAAAGAAAUAUUUACAUAAUGGAAAAUAAGAAAUGAACCUAAGGGAUGGGGGGUUUAAAGGUCCAAGGGGAAUUAGAUCAAGAUUAAGAAGAAUUGCUCAAGUAGAGGCGGGUGAGAGAACCCAAUUGAGCAGUUCAGAUCUAAAUAUGGUGGUAAAGCUUACAGUAAAAUAUUUAACAGGGAGUUAAUUAGUAAUAAAAGAGAAACAUGGUGGUUUUACUAUUGAGUAUCUUUAUUUAAGGGAUCCUAUUGGAUGAUUGACAGCUGUCCAAAAGAAGAUGUGAGCCUACCCAGAAGGAAAAGACCACACCCUGAUGAUGAGGUAAAUAAGCAUGCCUUCCUACAGAUCACACCCAUGAAUAUCAUACCUUCCAACUCUCCCAGGUCCAGUGGGACCAUUUUGAAUUCGGGGGCCUGUCCAACUGUCCUGGGUUUGUUGCUUGGUGUCCUGCCAUGUUGGACACCAAAGAAUGUUCCUCAGAUGGGUGCAUCAUGUGCCUCACUUUUAUUGCGACAAGUGUGCUGAGCUCAUGUCAGAGACCUUCAGAAGUGUCCUGUGCAUGUGCAAUCUAGAGUGUGGCUAGCCAGAAUGACAGACAGUAAGCCUAGUGUGCAUAUACUCUUUACCAUUUGCUUUUAUUUAUCAUUAUCACUUCACCUUUGCUGCAGAACUCAAUAUCUAGGCGCUGCCAUUUUUGAUCCUCUGUCCAGAGAACUCUUGGAGUCCUUCUUUGCUGAAUAUAAUCAAUUGGGCAUAGCCCCCCUGGCUAACAUACAUUGUUUCUUACAGCUUUCCCAGGAUUCCAUCGAGCAAGAUGUCAAUAAAAGUCCUUUAAGUUCCACCAGCGAUGUGUCUCUACCCCCUGAAGGAGCUCAUGGACAGCACAUGGAAAAUAACUCUCCUCUCCCCAGCUACAGCCAGGUGAGUUAGUGUGUUUGUGGGGAGUGCCGCUUUCCAAACAUAAACUGUGGGGAUCGAAUAACCAAUAAAGUAAGGGUGAACUGGGCUUCUCCAUGAACAUUCUUCUAUGCAACGAUCACCAGUCAGUUGCUGCCACUGUGCUUCCAAUGACAUUUAUUCAGUAAUUUUAAAGGAACACGUGAAGGUUAAAAAUAAAUAUAUUUAUAUUUACCUCCAUUAUGUUCUUUUUGUUUAGAUUCAGGGCCUACCUUUAAACUAACCUGGAAUCAAGCACAGGCACAGUCAGAUGCUUCUCAUAGAGAUUUUUAAAGGUUUUCAAUGAGGAAUUGCCUUUGGGGCGUGUUUAUGGCCAAAUGUAAACAUUGGUAUUUCUCGAAUACAGUAACUUUUUACAUUUCCAGACUGCAGUGACAAGGUCUAUGCACCAAAACCACUCCAUUAAGAUGAAAUGGUUUUGGUGUUUAGAGUGUCUCUUUAAAAAGCCAUUAUUCCUUGGUCCUUUUAAAAGAAUUUCCAGUGCUAUGAUUUUGCCUUCCUGCUCCUUGUUGCCCAACCAAUGAAAAAUCUUUGAAUGUUUUGUUUGCCCAUUCCAUGUGAGCAGCAGUUGUGUGAGGGACCUCUAAGUGGAGCUCAUUAUUUAUCCUUUUUAUUUUACUAUUUGCGAUUCUACCUUUUUCUGUCUGUAAUGGAAAUGAUCAUUAACCUGUCUUCUUUUCUCGUUCUUGCAGGCCACUCCUACUCACAUGCAGCCAGAGUCCAGAGCUGCUCCAUACAACAACAACGACUGCUACAAAUUCUCAUUAUCCGAGAUCAAUGGUCCUGAUCUCAGCGCUUCCUUCCGGAGCCUUUACUACUCACUGCUGGGUAAACAGGGUGAGAGAGGGGUAAUGGGGCAUCAUUACUCACUGCUGGUUAAACAGGGUGAGAAUGAAGCUAAUGGCCCAUUUCUAUGCAGUGGAGGGGGAGGAAAUGGGGGAAAAGUGGCUAAACUGCUGGCUAUACAUGCGAGAGAGGAGCAAUGGGCUAUUACUACCCACUAAUGGGUCAAUAUGUCACUACUGAAUUUUGGUCUACUUAUGGGAGUAGCCUAUCUUGUUUUUUCUAACAAGCUUUAUCAGAAACGUAAUUAUUGUUGAUUCCACCAAUCAAAAAUGAUCAUUUGGACACGUGGGAAAUUGUUCUUGGGUUUUUUUUGUAUAACAUUUGUAUAGUAGCAAAACAUUGAACUAUCCUGGGUUAGUGUAAUGGGCAAAUGGAGCUUGGGCAAUAUAGGGGUACAUUUGGCUCUAAUGUCUGCACUCUUUUUUCCAUCAGGGCAAUCUCCAGCCCCUCCAGACGUCCAAUCAUCUAGCUGCUGUAUGUACCAGCAGAAUUCGGGGGCAUCCUCUUCAAUGCACCCGCACAGUGUCCCUAACAUCAACAACCCCCCACCUCCACACCACCAAACCCAGCACCAUCAGCCCUCCUAUCUUCCCCCACAGCAAAUGCCCCGUCCAGCGGUACCUGGGAUGUCUCUAGGUGAGCAUAUUGCAGUUUGCUUGAUUAAUGCAAUCAUGUUUAUACAGACCAUGCAUUGUAAAACUCAUAUUUGCUUCCUUUCCAGGGCUGCCCAGCGACUGGUGCUCAAAUAUUGACUCCUUAAAAGAAAGCUUCAAGAUAGUCAGUAGCCUGGAUUGGUCCAGUGUUGAUUUAUCCCAGUUCUCAGGUGAGUAAUGGAAAUAGAUAGACAGACAGCAGGCGCUGAGCUUGUUAGUGUUGCAUGAGACUUCCCCCACUUUCGCUCUUGAGCACAGUUCAGAUUUGUGACCAAGAGAAAGUCAUUAGGUGACACUCCAGACCCCUAAAGCACUUUGUGUGUGAAGAGUGUCUGCUCUUACCAAAUAUUGAGCUUAUAAGACUAUACAACGUUUCAGUUGGAAAACACCUAAAAUAUGUAUUGUUACUGAUGUUGGUUAAUGUAAAAGUUGUAAAAACUGAAAAUGGGGCAAACAAAAUGUCAAUAUAUGUCUCUUAAAGUUUCUUUAUAUGUACCUGUAUACAAAUAAAGGGGGGAGGGGGGAGAAAUUGUCACUUUUAUAAAUUAACCUUAUUACAUGCCCACCCUGGUUUUCAGACAACCAGUCCUGUUACUUCCUGGUUUGGUUAGCUCAGUGGAACUAAACUCAAGAGGCAGCAAUUGCCCAGAGCACCAACCUUGCAAAAACUUCUAAUUGAGCUGCAUUGGGAAGUCUGUUAUUGGACAGUCACAGACAUUCUGGGCUGCAGAGGAAGGGGAGGGCUUGCAAAGGUUGCAGACAAGAGAUCUGCAGCUUUUGCAAGCGGCUUCUAGAUAUACCCAGAAUGCAAAAUACAUAAUUAAAGGGACACUAUAGGCACCCAGACAACUCAGGCCCAAUGCGGGAGCGGUGCUCGCCGUGCAUGUGCUUUAGGUUCCCUAUAAUUGCUGAUAAGUGUCAAAUGGGUUUUUCAACCCUUUCCAACACCGGGGCUAUAGUGUUCCUUUAGAUAUAUGCAUGUUUUCCUAGGGUGUAUAUUUACUAAACACUGUUUGAGAAAAAAAAAAAUACCAGGCAUUGUGAAGAUUACUAACAAUCUGUAUUAAAAUGUUGCAAUAAUUGUGAAAUUUGAGAGAAAAAUUGAGACUGGAAAGAGAUGUGAGCAAGAUGGAGAAAAUAAGGCAAGAAAUUGAGGACAGAGUAUAAAAAAUAAUGUUGGCCCAAUGUCAGUAAGAUGGAAGGGAAAUGCUGAGAGAAUGAACGCAGGGUGAAAUAAAUUAGGGGAGACAAUAGUAAUGGAGGAUAAAAUGGCAGUAAAAGUAGGAGAGAGGUGGGAGAAAAUGAAAUAGAAUGGAGAGAUUUUGCAGAGAAUUAGAGGAGAGAAAGAAACAAAAUAGAAGAAAUGUAGAGAAGAGAAAGGGGAACAAAUUAGGGAAAUAGUAAAGAUGUUUAUUAUUGGAGAAUAGAGGAAGGAACUGAAUGGAGGAAAUGGACAUUGAGUGGAAAAGAAGAAAAAUAGAAAAAAGUAUGAGAAAUAAAGAUGGUGGUGAGAAUGGGAGUUGGGGUGAAGUAGGGACACAUAGAAGAUAUGAUGUGGGGGACAGAAUGGAUGGAAGUAGGGUUCACAGAGAAAAUUAGCAAAUAAAAUCGUUGUAGUUUAAAGGAAUAGUGUGUGUGAAAGGUACACGUAUUAAGGACAGUAGACGUGGGUAGAUUUUACUGCACAGCUUUGCCCUCUGUUCACAGACCUCAUGGAAAGCCUACGACAAGCAGAGCUGAAGAACUGGAGUCUAGAUCAGCAUCAUAUCGCCAGCCUGUGUGACUCCCUAAGCAAUUUACUCAAUCAGACUGGCCUUCUGCCUCCCACACAUGGCCAAUCCAGCCCAUGCCAAGCACCCUGUCUACCCCCCACAACCAGCAGCUCCUGUGCAGUCCGGGGAGGAAAGCCUGGGCACACUAUGACAGGUGAGAAAGGGAGAUAAGUGUAGGAAUAAGGUAAUGCUGAGUAAAAUAGAAAAAGUCAAGAUAUUUGGGCACUUUAAAUUUGGCAGAAAUAAAAAUACAUAAGAUGUAAAAGAGAGAGGGGAAAAAAUAAAGGGACAGAAAAUGGGUAAGAAUGAGGAAUGUGAGAAUCCAAACAAGGUAAUGUUGCAGUAAGCUACAGAUAUUAUGUUACGUGCUAAUUUCUUAAUAUUCUUUUCCCUUCCAGCAGUAAACUCCUAUGGGCAGAACCAGCACCCCCCUGCAUCUUGUGGUCACAAUUUCAUUGCACCUCCUGGGUACCCCAUACAAACCCAGGCACCCCCUACAUACAGCCAGCAAGGUCAGUAAGCACUGAAGUCACAGGUUACAGCAGAUUUUGAAUAGUGAAGAUAAUCACUGUCUGUGUUGUUACUUGAUUACUUUUCAUAUAGCUGCCCACCAUAGAAUUGAAAGCAUUGCUGCCAUUUAGAAUCACACAGGGUUAUUCACAAAGUGUGAAUUCAAAGUGGAUUUCGCAUUUAAGGUUAAAAAUAACCAAACUGUAAAAACUCUCUAAGUUAACUAUUUUUUCAAUUUGUCCACUCUGUCCUUAAAUGUAAAAUUAACAUUGAAUUCUCACUUUAUUAAAUAACCCUGACUUGAUUGCCUUGGUGUUGGUACUUAGCGAUGCACGUUACAGCUCACUGAAGAAUUUAAAAUCUCAUUUAAUUACCAGUCACGCUCCCUCCUGAUUUCUAAAGGCAGGUUAGAAAAAUUACUGCUCCAGCAAAUCUUAGACAUCUGCUCACUUUUCCAUUUUAAAGACUCAUCACCCUUCAUCUUUCAGUGAGCUUGUCAAUCCUUGUAUGGCAGGCAGUAAUGUAUUUAAAAAUGUCUUUAGAUAGCAAUAUUUGUUUAAAAGUGCUGCAGGUAGUUUCUGGAGUGGAUGCCAUGUCAAGGCUAGUUAGUGGCUAAUUGAAAAGCACCGCGACUAACGAAUGAUGGGAAUGUUAAUUCUAAGGACUUGAUAAUCCAGUAUUGUUUCCCUAUAGGACGCCACCCGCAGCGUGGGCUGUACCCACCUCCCCGUCCCACACUCCGUUACCCGCACAGCAGUGAUGACAUCCAAGAUGACUUUGAUUGGGACUCCAUUGCCUAGAGACUCUGCACACCCGGUCCCCAUGGGACAGAACACAAACAGAAGCUGGUUAAACACACGUGUGUGUAUAUAUACCUAUAUAGAGUUGUAUAUCUUCGCCCGACAAUCAGGGACAAAAGGGAUCCCACUCUCCAGACUGAAAAAGAACACAAAAAAUGCCCCCUUUCAUACUUCAGUGCCCUCCUGAUGCUGUGACUUACAGGGAGCCUAGGCAACGCUUGGAACUUCAGUGACUUUUUUUCUUCAGUUGCCCCAUGAUGGGGCACAACUCCCAGUGCCAAGGAAUCUGGAGGUGCCAGUACAGCACAGAGGUACCUGCUCAGAUGAUUUAUUUAUGUAGCACUUACAUAUGCCACAGUUCAGUAAAAAGUGUUAAGAAGGCCCAGUCUCCAGGAAUUUUACAAGUUUGGCAACAGACUCAUUGUGUCUAUGUUGGAUUUGUGACAUCUGUGUACCGUUGCUUAUGAAGAACUUGAUUCACACUUCAUCCCCUACUCCCACAUUUAAUGCAUGUAAGUGGAGAAGAAGGAAGCCCUUAGAUCUGAGCGUCAUCUUUCCUUCUCUGCUGAGGAAUAUGUGACAUCACAAGGCCUGUAUGUAAGGCUCUCCCUGCUUGAGCAAGUGUUCUAACUAAAGUUAACAGUAAAACCGGUCUGAUCUGCCUAACAAAGAUUAUCGAAAAAGGAUAAUUUCUCCUAGCUUCUGAGGACUAGUGUGGGGAACGUCUACACCUUAUUAUCUAGGACAUACUGAUCCAAAUGUCUUUGCUGUUUCAGUAACUAGCUGGGAAAGUUUCAUGUCUUUAGGAUUCAACUAUAUCUGAAACUAUUUCCCAAGAAUUUCCUCCUCCUGGACGUUACAUCCCUGUAGUGAUACGACACAGAAAAAAUAGCUUCACAAUGCCAGUCAGACUUCCAGGUACAUGAUUACAGAGGUCUAGUUAGGGAUGAGGUUUGUACAUGGUGGUUCAAAAUCACUCAAAUAACUGUAAGAUGCUUAAUCUAUCAAACAGAUUCUACAGAAGUGACAGUUGUUUGAUCAUUUACCCCAGUAAACGCUUCUGCAGCAUUUACUGGGUGAAUAAUGCAAUGGAGGAAAGAAAAAAAAAAAGUUUCUAUAUGGCGGCUACUUCGCUGCCCCACGCUGCCUCACGCUGCCUCAGGCAUGCUUGGACAUCUAAUGGAGAGAUGUAACACACAUGCAUAUGUACUUGGCAUAUUCUCCAGCAGUGCCUAAUGAACACAUAUGUUGUGUCCACAGUACUGCAACAGUUAACUAAUUUACAUGUUUUCCAGGUAAACCUUAACAAAACAAAAUAUUUUUUUUUAAAUUGCUACAGUUGAGGAAGUAAGUUUGUGUCGUCAUAAUUUCAAGCUUUUCAUAUAUUUUUAUUUUUAAUAAAACAGUACAUGUAUUGCAUCCUUUGUGUUAUUUUAUAACUAAAUUCUUUUCAGUGUAUCUCAUGGCUUACCCUUACACUAUGGGGAUGGCCUUUUUUAAAUCCUCUUUUAACCAAAACCAUGUUGGUAAUCAAGAGCUAACGUGCAUUUCCAAAUUCUAACAUUAUAUGCAAAUUCUGGGAAACUCAAAUGUACUCUGAGCAUUAAGGAAAGUUUAUAUAUACACACGAACACAAAAAAAGUGUUUGUUUUUUUAAGCAUCUUACAAGUAUUAACGUGGUUUCUGAAUUUAGAUUACCCUGCCUGAUGUCACUCUGUGUCUUACCAAGGGAGUUUACACAUGCCAAUUUGUGUUCUAGUGUUUAGUAGGGUACAGUGACCUUGGGAUAAUGUGUUACAAAGUGAAAGGCGUGAAACCUGUUGAGCUUGUAAAUCUUCUGCCAGUGUGUGAUAAACCCCCCCCUAACUACCAUAAAGCGAGUGGAAGCACCUUAAUAAAAGCAGAGCAUGUGCACUUAAAGGAACUUAGAGUCCUAGCACUUUUCAAGUUUAGAUUAAUUUUGUGCCAGGGUAUGCUUUUGACAGACCUGCUGCUCCCAUGAAACCUGGACAGAUCCUUGCUGGGGUUUGGGAAAUGCAACUGGGUAACAGCUGGAAGAACAGAUUUUUAAUACCAGGGUGUCAUUAAAGGUGGAAUAGAAGCUAAUUCCUUAGAGCCCCCUGUGGUGAGCAAGAUAACUGCACCCUAGCCAUUACUUUGGGCAUAUUUACCAUCACUCAGAACCUCGAGGGAGCAGAUUUUAUCUUUAAUUAGACAUAAUUAGGCAAGUUAAUUGCUGCAAGCGGUGGUGAGUUUAAUCCUCUUAGCAGUGUACAUUUGCCCUAUGCUGGAGCUUUGGUCACCUAUGUUAAGAGGCAAACGGGAAAAAAUUAUAAAAUCACUUUCAGAUGUUUACAUGUAACAAAUCUCCACACUUUUUUGGGUAUUGCUCCUUUGUUUUCGUCCCAAUCUUUCCUCUUUCAGACUAGCAGUGGCUGAAGUGCAGGAUGUACAGAGCACAAUAUGAAUAAACAUGGCUGCCCUUUCAGUGUCUUCUUCUGUGUCAGGGCAAGUGUAUAUAAAGCAUGUCUAUACACUGUGUGGAUGGGGAACAGAGCAGGCAUUCUGUUUUCAAUAUGUUUUGGCUUGUUCUGUGUGUCGAGGUAUAUUGUGUUUGUUUACACAGUGUAUAUGUGUAAGGGUUUAAUAUGAGUGCUUGUACUGUGUGUGUGUGGGGUGAGGAUGAGUAUCUGUACUGCAUAUGGGUAGG